AUGGCAAAUAACAGCUCAAUGGCUGGUCGUGGGUCAUUGCAGCAUCAGAUGAAUGACCUGGUAAUCAUAGUGCAGAUUUUGGUGGUAAUCUUCCUUUGUGUCAACAUGUUGCUCAUUGUGACCUUUUUUUCAAAAGAAGUCUUCUACACAACCAUGCGCUACAUCUUAUUUGCUGUUACACUUCUGUCUGAUAGCCUGAUGUUAUUUGUGUCUGAUAUCCUGUUAAUUUUGUCCUCCUAUCGGGUGACUAUGCAAUUUGGUUUGUGCAUCAUUUUCUAUAUUCUUUCGGUGAUUUGCAUUUUUGUCACACCAGUUACUCUGACAGCUAUGGCCUUGGAGCGAUAUGUGGCCAUCUGCAUGCCGCUGCGUCAUGCACAGCUGUGCUCCACACGCAGCACUAUGCAUUGCAUCCUCAUCAUUCACAGCCUCAGCUCUGUACCCUGCAUUGUUAUUCUCUCUGUUUUCUGUGCAUCAGCCUCCAAAAGCUUGUAUACACAAUAUAAGAUAUGCUCCAUGGAAAUAUUUGUCUCUCUCAGAUGGCAGAACAAUAUUAAAACAGCUAUAUAUCAGCUCUACUUCUUAAUCAUGUCAAUCACUAUCAUCUUAUCUUAUGUUAAAAUAAUGAAAGUGGCCAAAGCUGCAUCAGGAGAAAACAAAAAGUCAACACGGAAAGGCCUCAGAACAGUAAUUCUUCAUGCUUUCCAGGUGUUCCUCUGUCUCGUCCAGCUGUGGUGUCCAUUUAUAGAAGUUGCAUUGUUUCAGAUUGAUCUUAUGUUAUAUGUUAAUGUCAGAUAUUUUAACUACAUAACUUUUAUUCUUGCUCCGAGGUGUCUGAGCCCUCUCAUUUACGGUUUGAGGGAUGAAAAGUUUCUCCUUGCAUUAAAGCACAAGGUCCCUUUUGGAUUUCACUGUGUAAAAAUAAAAGCACGGACUGGUUUUGUUUGUCAAGUUGGGUGUCGUGAUCGGUUGCCAUAAUUGUCAAUACAUGUAAAUAUUCGGUAAAUAAUUCAGUUAAAAUAUGUAGACGACACACUCUUCAUCAUGUGAUUGACAAAUGUUAUGAUUUGGAAAUGUUUCAUUGCUUUCAAUUAAAAUCUGCUUCAUGGUUAAUAAUCAA